AUGCUUCUCUUCGACGACGGGUCAGGUGCCGGCCACGCUCUCCGCAAGCGCAGGAGUUUCAUCUGCGGGUGCUGCGACCGGCGGUACAUCAACAAGAAGGAUCUGAAUAAGCACGUGACGUACAGCUGCGGCAAAUCACCGCGCUUCAAGUGCCCUUAUUGCAGCAAACCUCUCUACAGUCGCACCUGCUACGUGCCGUCGGCCACCAGUUGUCGGCGACGAUACUGCGGCAGGCCGCUCACCACGACGCGCGGCAACUUCGAGUGUCCCAAGUGUCGCAAGACCUACAAGUGGUACCGCGGGCUGCACAGGCACCUCGAGUACGAGUGCGGCAAGUCGCCACGCUUCCAGUGCCCGCACUGCCCCUACGCCGGCAAGCACCGCUCGCACGUCUACUCGCACAUCAAGACCAACCAUCAGAAUCGGCCGAUAUACGCCGUCGACAUGCAGCAGGAUCCGUUCCUGAAGUGGUUUCUACAGAGCGCCCGCUGCAGCCAGAAGACCGCGUUUUAUCGCCAUCCCUGCCCGAACUGCCAUCGCAGUUAUAAGCACCGCAGUCACAUGAUGCGACAUUACAGAUACGAGUGCGGCAUACUGCAGCGAUUCGAAUGCCCGUAUUGCAAGCACCACCUGCGGCAGCGCACGCACGUCUGGACGCACAUACGCACGUUCCACCCGAAUAGCGAGCUUUAUUGCAUCGACGUCGCCACUAACGCGAAGCUCUCCUGGCAGGAAUAUCGAAAUGACUAA